UCUUCACUGCCGUGCCACCAGAGCCCCUGAGUUGUACCAGCUACAUCAGUUACAAGGUCUGUCCUGCCCACAUUCCUCUUCUAAAGAAAACUUCCCCGCCCGACGGCCACUGCUGAAGGGAACAGCACUCUGGUGACCUUGUUUCGUGCCAUGUGACCCUGAAACCCUUUGUCAGUCUCAUCCUCUCCUGGUCACACACAGCUGGUUAGCUGGGGCAGGGGGUGGCCCAAGGAGAGUGAAGCUGGCUGGCUCAGAUGAAGAUGCAGAGGUCAGUACUGGCCUUCUCUCCAUGUUCACUUACCCCCCCACUGGGGGCACUUGGGGUGCCCUGGAUUCUCACAAUGCAUCUGUCUUGAUGAGAUGCAACAGGGAAGGGAAGGUGGAUGGCAGUCUGCAACGGGGACAGAUGCUGUGUGGCCCCCACCAUUCAGGUACAUUGUCCCUCCAGUAGGACCCUUUGCCAGGAGCAUGUCUGUGCAGCAGUGUAUUUUUGCCCCUGCAUACCCAGGAAGCCUUCCAUGGGAAGGGAUGCAGCCAGGCCAGCUCCCACCAGAGGGCUUGGCCAAUUUAAUCAGAGAGGACCCGUUAUCCCAGAGACCCUGGCUCUUUUGCUUGGCUUGGCCCUGCUGGGCCAUCGUGUGUUCCUGUCUCAACAGGAACAUCCAACUUGAGUCAGCAUCCCUGUAGGCACCCCAGAGCACUUUCAACCUCCUCAUGGCUGGUAGGGAUGACUCUGGAAUGAAUGGCUUCCAAGAGAGGCCCGCCAACACUGCUUUUACUUCCAGACUCCUGAAGGGUGAUCCCAGGUGCAGGCAGGCCUGACUCUGAGGCACCCGGGCAAUCAUGAAUGUGGGAAGCAGUUAUUCUGUCUCUUUCUAAAUGUCAUUUUACGAAUCAUGUAAUUGUCUGAAGCUGUUCGAUGAAUUUGCCUGGCCAUGUUGAUUGAAUUUCAGAUAUUAAAGCUCAUUCUUCCAGGGCCUUUCUCUUUAAUAACACAAACACCUGUCUGCUUUGGGAAUUCACAGCCCAGCCAUGAAGUUUGAUUUUGGAGGUUGGGUGUAGCUCAAAGGAACCAUUUGUAGGUUGUCCGAUGGAAGAGCCCUGCCACGGUGUUCUAUCAAGACAAGCAGUUGUAAGUCACCCAGGCAAAAUGUGUAAUUUUUCUCUCAGCCGGAAUAAGUUAAGACGUCAUCAUCUUGGAGCCCCUGAGAAAAGCCUUAUGAAAGAGCAGAUGCCUUGGGAUAGGUGAAGGAUAGUCAGAGGUGAGGAGAAACUGGGCCUCUCUGACCUCAUGGUGGCAGCCUGUCUUGAAUUCUCAGGGUGCUGUGGAUAGAGCUUGUAAGUAUGACAUUAGGAACUGGAUGGCCGCAAGCCCAGCAGCCCAGCCCCCUGUGUGUGGUGUUAUCAUUCCUUGUCCCCUUUCCACACCACGUAUCCACUCCACCUCCGAGGGCUAAGCCUUGGAGGGUCCAAGCUUGUCAACCAACAUCCCUGCUGCUACUUCCAUUGCAUGUGGCCUGGGAUGCCUGGAGCCUUUGCUGGGGGUUGAGUACAGCUCCUAGGGAUUCAUUUCUCCAGCCUGGAAUCACCAAACACUCACUGCUCCUGCCCACAUUCCCUGGAGGUACCAACAUGUUCAGGACCAGCAUGAUCCUCAGACGAGGGGCUGGGCUACUGGCUGGUCACUAGGACUGCUGCCUAACAUCCUGACCUUAUGAGCAUAUGGUAGAUUUGCGCUUUCCCACAUGAUGUGCUUUGGGUGGUAAAACAUGAACAAAAACGUGUUACUUCUGGGCCAAAGCCUUUUAGAGCCAGCGUGCAAUUUGUCACACUCUCCGUCCUUUGCCACAAGUGACCAGCAGUGUUCUGGAGAGUGGAGGCUCUGUCAGCCUGGGUCCCUGAGUGAGGACAACGUGGUGUAGAGCCCUCACCAACCAGUGACAGGCAUGUAGUGUGACUGAGAAGUAAACUUCUGAUGUUUGAAGCCAUUGAGAUUUUGGGCUGUAUGUUACCACAGUAUAACUUAGUUCAUCCUGACCAUGCAGACAAUAGAUAACCAUGUGUGAGAAGUCUCAGUCGCACCCAGCAGAGGCCCAGACUACUCUUAUGUAUUGAGCAUCUACUAGGAGCUGGGUGUUCCAUCAACUAUUGUCAUGUGUUUUUGAAAUUCCAUCACUAGGGAAUGAAAUAAACACUAUGACAGAGUUACUCACAUGCCCACAGGGAGGAGCAACUCAUUCUUCAGGCAAGUGACAUUGAACCAAACCUUGGAGAGUUUUAAUCUAUUCAUAACAACCAUAGGUAACAUUUUAAGUGCCUAUUAUGUACUAAAGGAGCCCUGGUGGCUCAGUAGUUAAAGCGAUUGACUGCUAGCCGAAAUGUCAGCAGUUUGAAACCACCAGCCGCCCUGUGGGAGGAAGAUGUGGCUGUCUACUUCUGUGGAGAUUUACAGUCUUGGAAACCCCAUGGGGUUGCUAGGAGUUGGAAUCAACUCUGUAGUGGUGGGUUUGGGUAUUAUGUACUAGGAACUGAUCUAAAACUCUACUUGUUUGAGCUUAUUUGACCUUCACAAUAAUCCUAGAAGGUGGAUACUACUCUUAUUCUCAUUUCAUAGAUGAGGAAACUGAGGCACAAAAAAGUUACUUACCCAAGAUCACAAGGCUAGGAUCCAAGCCCACCCUCUUUAGCAUUCUAGGCAGAGGCGUCAGGCUGGGCAAAGAUAUUUGGCUUGAAGUACUUGGCAUGUCCAGGUUAUGGUGAAUUGUCUGGUGAAACUUGGUCAUAGGGCAAAUGAAAGAGGGUUAUGGGCGGUGUGGCUGACAAUAUUGGCCGGAUUGUGAAGGGUUUUGGAUGCCAGGCUGAGGGGUUUGGACUUUUUCUUGCAGGUAGUAGCGUUUGAAGACUGAGGUUUCAUGGGCUUUAGGAGUCUAGCUGGCUGUAUGGAUGGUGGUUGGAGAACGGGUGUUACAGGAGGCAAGAGACCAAUUAGAAGAGGCUAUAAAAACUCUGGGGAGCCCAGGUGUUGCGAGUGGUUUAAGAUCAGCUGCUAACCCAAAGUUUGGCAGCUUGAACCCACCCAGUGGUGAUGCAGAAGAGAAGCUUGGUGACCUAUUUCCACAAAAUUAUGGCUAAGAAAACCCUUUGGAGUAGUCCUGCUCAGUAACACAUGGGGUUGCCACGAGUGGGGGGCCUACUUGACGGCAGCUACCACCACCAACAGCAACAUGAAAACACCACCCAUCUGCCAGUUUGUUGUACUGUGGAGGCUUGCAUGUUGCUGGAAGCUAUGCCACCGGUAUUUCAAAUACCAGCAGGAUUGCCCUUGAUGGACAGGUUUCAGUGGAGCUUCCAGACUAUGACAAAGUAGGAAGAAAGGCUUGGUGAUCUGCUUGUGAAAAUUAGCCAAAACAAACCCUAUGGCUCACAACAGAAUAUUAUCUGAUGUAGUGCUGGAAGAGGAGCCCCUAGGUUGGAAGUCACUCAGAAUACACAGCGGCUACACUAAUGGAUUCAAACACGCCAACCAUCGUGAGGGUGACACAGAACCAGACAGCAUUUUGUUCUGUUGUACAUGGGGUUGCCAUGAGCCAGAGCUGACUUGACAGCAACUAACAACAACAACAACAUAAGAACACAUCCUUCUUUUGGUCCUCGACUAUAUCCACGUAAUAUUCCUGUGGCUUAGUGUUUAUUUUUUCUUCUCAAGUGAACUGGAAGCUCCUUGAGGGCAGCCCCCCCCUCCCCGUUAGGUGUUCUCUGCCCUGUCCUCCUCCUGCACCUUAGAUCGGGCUCAGGCCCAUGUUUGGAAUGUUCUCCUCACAGGGCAGAAUCCUGUAUCACAAUCAAGGCCCAACUUGAAUGCCAUCUGCCGGCUGCACAGCAUCUCCCUGGUGGCAUAUUCACCGUCAGAUUAUAACCGUAGCCAGGACUCCACUCAACGUUCACUGUUGGCACAGCUGCCGGCCCUGCAGCCCUGGCCUGCGCCUGUUCCAGCGGGCGCUCCACCCGGCCUGGCGUUGGAGCCCGAGUGCCUUCCUCUGUUAUUCGCCCCCUGCACUGCUGAGGAAUCUGCAAAGCCCUCAGUGGGCCCGCAGUGAGAAGGUUGCCCUGUCCUUUCCUUUUGGUCCUGACAUCUGGACAGGCCAAGUCUUUAAAAGUGAGAUACGCUUGACAGAGAGAUAUUUGUUUUCAUGACUCAUGAAACAUCAAGCAAAUCUUAUUUUUUCUUUGAAGAGCAAUUAGUCACAACUUUGAGCUAAUGGCCGGAUAUAGCUCAGCAGUCAGCAGACUAUGUUCUUAGGCUGAAAUCACCGACAAGAACAAUAACCCCCUUCUGCCUGUCUGGGGCUUUACCAGCUUAUAGACCCCGUUUACACCCAGAAUCCUUAGGCAUCCCCAGAAAGCCCUGUGCAGUAGGCAGCGCAGGUGCUCUUGCCUGUUUCGUGGAAGAUGAAGCUGACCCAGAGGUUCAGCUAUUAGUUCAAAGUCAGCCAGCAUCAGGCACAGCCAGGCCUCUUCACUACUAGCUCGUAUCCCUGACCUUCCAACCACUCUUCUGCCUCCUGUCCCCAGCCCCUGCCCCAGUCACAGCUCUGCAGAGUGGGGCUCCAGCCCUCCGGUGCCGAGUGGAGGCUGGCUCUCUCUCCCGCUCCAGUUCUCAACUCCAUACACUUCUGGAGAACCCUGACCCCUUUCACAGAAGCUGGUCGUAUAGACUCAUGUGGGCACCCGGUGACACAAACACAUGGACCAAAUGCAGAAAGGAUGGUAGCUUUUGUCCAGGCUUGCUGUUUGCCAUCUGGACCUGGGACCUCUGCUUGUAGUGGCACCUUCUCUACCCUCCCUGGGACUCAUACUACCCGGUUCCUACCCAGUUCCUACCAGAGGGGCCAGGCUGACAGUUCCCAGUUGGUAAUCAGGCCUUUCCAGUUGUGGGAGAGUGCUGGUUUCCAGCUGUGCCGUAAUGUCUGGCCUGCCAUCAGUGAGAAAUCCAGGUGGAUAAAGACUAUGAAUUUGGCUUCCAUUACCAAGGUUUUUUUUUUUUUUUAACCAAGGUUAAGAGCUCAGCUUGAGUGAAUGUGCCCCCUGGUGGUAACACUAGAAUAAUAAAAAGAACUGUGGCCAUUAGUGACAUUACUGACCCGUUGUUAGUGACAUUCGUGGCCGUUAUUGUCUGUCAUGGCAGACUUGGUCCAACCACCUGCUGGUGCAGCCUCUUGGCCCAGUGGUGGCACGGCUGCAGCCAUAUUUCCGUUGCUAUCCCAUCAACCUGACCUGCCUCUUGUCCCCAUCAGACCCAAGCUUAGAGAAGUACCCUCUCUCAUAAGCCACCAUUGAAACAUGAUCUAGUCACAAAGAGUUUUAAUGGAUACAUCAUUACAUAGAUUCAAGAACACCAUGUUUCAAAUCACGGCCCAGAAAAUCACACUGAUAGUCUGGAUGCUCACCUCCUGAGGUCUUGUUCCAGCCACCAUUGCAUCGGUUUUAAUGGAGCUAUUUAAUGCAAGUGCUGUCCCGGGAAAGCCAAACUAAUCACUGCUUACUGAAUACUUCAUAUUGCACUGGGCAAAUGUGCCGCAAAAGACUUCUUUAAAGUUCUGAGAAGCAACGAUGCCACUUUGAUGCCUAAGGUGUGCCUGACCCAAGCCAGGGUCUUUUUAAUUGCCUCAUAUGUGUGUGAAAGCUGGGCAAUGAAGAAGGAAGAUAGGAGAAUUGAUGCAUUUGAGUUGUGUUGGCAAAGAAUACUGAAUGUUCUGUGGACUCCGAGAAGAACAGAGCCCUGGUAGUGCAAUGGUUAAGAACUCGGCUGCUAACCAAAGGAUCAGCAGCUCGAAUGCACCAGCUGCUCCCUGGAAACCCUAUGGGGCAGUUCUACUCUGUCCUAUACGGUUGAUAUGAGUCAAAAUUGACUCGAUGGCAAUGGGUUUUGGAUUUUGCCAAAAGAACAAAUUGGUUUUAGAAGAAAUACAAGCAGAAUGUUCCUAGGCAGUGAGAAUGGCGAGACUGUGACUCGCUUACUUUGGACAUGUUAUCAGGAAAGAUCAAUUGCUAGAAAAGAGCAUCGUGUUUGGUAGAGGGUCAGUGAAAACAAGGGAAACCGUCAACGAGAUGGACUGAGACGCUAACCACAACGAUAGACUCAAACUUACCUACAAUCAUGAAAACGGUGCAAGACCAGGCAAUGUUUCAUUCUGUUGUACGUGAGGUCACCAUGAGUCAGAGCCAACUCAAAGGCAACUAACUGCAAUUUUGGGCUUGGCAUGGUGCUAGGGUUAGGGGAGGAGAGUGGAGGGCACUAGAGAGGGGAGGAGAGUGGAGGGCACUAGAGCCCUAUCUCACCCUGGAGCCAUUUAAAAUGUACAAAGCAAGAAACAAAAAUCAGGGAAGUUAAAUCUCACUACGAGAUUUAGGGCACGCCAGACAGGAUUAGUAUAGUUGUCACUGUCCUUGGGCAGGUUACAUAGCCUGUCUAUUCUUUGUUUCCUUAUCUGUAAGAUGGAGACAAAAUCGUACUGACCUAAGGAAAUUUUGUGAGGAUCUGAUGCGAUAGUGCAGGUAAGGGUGCUAAUCUCAGAACCUGCAACAUUGUAAGUGCUCACUAAACACUGUUGUUGUUGUAGUUGUUAGGUGCCAUCGAGUCGGUUCUGACUCAUAGCGACCCUAUGCACAACAGAACAAAACACUGCCCGGUCCUGCGCCAUCCUUACAAUCGAUGUUAUGCUUGAGUUCAUUGCUGCAGCCACUGUGUCAAUCCACCUUGUUGAGGGUCUCCCUCUUUUCCGCUGACCCUGUACUCUGCCAAGCAUGAUGUUCUUCUCCAGGGACUGAUCCCUCCUGACAACCUGUCCAAAGUAGCUACUAUUAUUGUGGUUAUCAUUGUUACCAUAAACGCCAAUUGCCAUAGGAAGUGUAUAGGUUGAAAUUUCCAUAGGAGUUUAGAGGUGAGCACUUUAGUCUGGGCUCCUUGAGGGGGUGGGAUUUGAAUGAUGAAUCUCAGCAUCCAGGUCCUGCCAUCUGGGCCUUGCAGAUGGGUUUAAGAAGGAUAGAAGUGCAAGCAUGUUGGGCAGAAGGAGGGCAGGGAAUAGCCUGGAGACACAUAGGUUAGUGUGGCUGGGGAGUGGGUAGGCCUGGGUGCUGGAUGACAGGGGUUCUCAGUGGAGAGACUGGGGUUGUGGGCUCAGAGUCCCAGGCCCGGGGUGGGGCCUCGUUGGCAGUGGAGACCAUGACCAGGAUGACCUUCUAGGACUGCUGACUGGGAGAAGACAGGGUAGUGGGAGGCUGAACCAGGGAAGGGAGGCACUUACAGUCCUUCAGGGAGCUUCAUUGAGGCAAUGGACACCAGACCCAAAGAAAGGGAUAAAUGUGAGCUGCAGAAGCAUGGCCCAGACAGUAAGGCAGAGAAGGAGAGGUCGCAGAUCACAGACUUGGGGACCAGAAAAAAGUUGGUGCAUCCACAGGCAGAGGACGCUAAGGGGGAGCUGAAUAUGGAGGGAAAAAGAGUCCAUUGUGGGACAUAUGGAGGGGAAGGAGUUGGUGGGUCUUUAGCUUGGGAGGGAGGGAUGGAGACCUGGGUGAAGAAGUUGCUGGCUUGGAAAUGUUGGAUGGUCCUUGGCAGGGGUGAGGGUGUCAGGGAAGGGUAUGUGGGGUAGGUGGGAUAGGGCUGAGGACAGGGUCCUGGGAGCACCUGUGUGUAGGGGAAGAACAUGUCAAGAAGAUGUAGCCAAGGAGAUGAGAAGGUCAGAGAAGAGAAGGGCCGGCAUUUGCCCCAGGCAUUGCCACUGUUUGGACUCUGAAAGAUAGUUUGCAUACAGUUGCUCUGUUAAUGGAGGGGACACCUUUAGUGAUGGGCGUUGUCCUCACUGGAGGCAGAAAGCAUGGUGGAGGCAAAGGAGAUAGUUCUGGAGGGGAAGUGUUACCCUCCCCUUCCUUAGAGGUUGCUCCUGGGAUGUCUGGUCCUCUUACAGCCUUCCUUAGGUUCUCUCCCCCAGUGCCUGAGGACUGCCCUCACCUGAGCCCUGGGCCUGGCCUAGCCAGGGUGUGAGCAAGGGGACUGCACCUGACACGGGGACCCAUUCCUGAGGAGACCAGCAGGUGCUCCCAGAGGCACCUUUAGCCACAUGGCUAGAAGGAAUAAUGACCCUGAGGACUUACGGGUUAAGGGUCGUUACUGGUAAGUCCUUUAUAUAUUACAGACUGUUAGGUAGUGAUGAAAAAUUAAUUCUAAGGCUCAUGUUAAUUGAAACUAAAAAGGGACGUGUACGUUAAAAAGAUGUCUAGGCAGGGGGCAUGAUAUGGUACUGUGAAAUGGGCCCAGCUUCCCUGCCCAGACCAGCAACGUGACCUGGGCAAUCCAUCUAAUCUCUCUGUGUCAGUUUUCUCAUCUGUAAAAUAGGUACAGCAAUCUCUGCCCAAGGUUUGAUGAGAGCUGGGAGAGAGAGUCUGUAAAAACUUUUGGUAAACUAUAAACUAUUCAACAGAAUCAAGAGGGUGUCUAUACUUUAAUAGCUGCUCAGGGGUUAGAGCUUGUGAGCUAUGCCCAGCAAGUUUCCGCUGGGCCUUUCUGGCUCAUGACUACUUAUUUCAGUUCUUGUAUUAGCCAACUGCUGGAGUCUCUGGGUGGUGCAGUUAAUGCACUUGGCUGCUAACCGAAAGGUUGGAGGUUUGAGCAUACCCAGAGGCUCCGCUGAAGAAAGGCCUGAAGAUCUACUUCUGAAAAGUCAGCCACUGAAAACCCUAUGGGGACAGUACUACUUUGACACACACAUGGGGGCCGCAGGGAGUUGGAGUUGACUUGACAGCACUUUUUUUUUUUUUUAGCCAACUGCUAGGAUGGAUUCUGCUGGGUGUUUGGGGCUGCAGCCUGUAUGUGCACGCACAAUGAGCUUGAACUAUUCUCAGCCAGGUUCUGGGAGAGAAUUAAGUUUGGUUGCUGUCUUCACCCAUUCGACGUGAAGGAUAGUAUUAGGAGAACUGGGGAAAUAGGCACUCAGAUGGUUUUCUAUGUUCUGUGGUUCAGGUGAGGAGCCCCUCCCGAGAAAGGCGGGGGUCCUGGCAGACCCAGAAUCCUGCCUCCUUCCCCCCCCCAUUUCAGUCCCCACCCCAUUUUGGGCACAUAGGGACCCAAGAGAGGCAGGGUCCCAGGUCACAUAAAGCAAAGCCAGCACUGAAAACCAGGUCCCUAAACGCCAGGCCAGGACUGCGUGACGGUGGACUUGAUCGUUUCUGUUCCUUCUACAUUCUGAAAAUGAAGCAGCUACAAGGCAUUGGUUUUUACGCCUGUGGCUGUGAACGUGUUUGUCGAGCAGUUCCUCAGACCUCAGUCUGCAGGCGUGGUGGGCCUGGGAGCCCUGAGACUGAGGUCACGGCGCCGGCUGGUUCAGGCGGUGUGUGGCUCUGGGCUGACUCUUGGGCCACAGAGGGUCCAGCAAGAAUGAAGAAAUGGAAUAGCUCAGACUUGGGGAAGUCUGAGGACCCACCCCAAGAGGCCACCUGCCCACACUCCCCGGAUGAUGACCCUGACUCCAAGCCACCUCCAACUGAGCCCCAAAUCUUCAUGGCCAAGAGUCGCCCCCGGCUCUUUGGGAAGGGUGAUUCGGAGGAGGCCUCCCAGGUCUCCCAUGUGCAUUGCUCUUACGAGGAAGGUGAGCUUGCCUACUGCCCAGCCAUCACAGUUAGCCCUGCUGUCAUCAUCAAGAGGCCUGGGGAUGGUCCCGCCUGUGCCAGGCAGCUCUCUCAGGACUCUGUUACUGCUGGCACCACCAAGAAGACCCUCUAUGAUCGCAGGAGGAUCUUCGAUGCGGUCGCCCAGAAUGACUGUGAGGAACUGGCCAGCCUGCUGCUCUUCCUGCAGAAGAGCAAGAAGCACCUUAUGGACUGCGAGUUCAAAGACCCGGAGACUGGAAAGACGUGCCUGCUGAAAGCCAUGCUCAACCUACAUGACGGGCAGAACGACACCAUCCCCCUGCUCCUGGAGAUUGCGCGGCAGACGGACAGCCUGAAGGAGCUAGUCAACGCCAGCUACACGGACAGCUACUACAAGGCUGCUGCUCACCCUGGGCCCUUCCCCAGCACCUGUCUGGGCAUCCCUGCAGAAUCAUGGUCACAAAGCCAACAGCUCAUACUCACAGGCCAGACAGCGCUUCACAUUGCCAUCGAGAGGCGGAACAUGGCACUAGUGACCCUCCUGGUGGAGAAUGGGGCAGAUGUCCAGGCAGCGGCCAACGGGGACUUCUUUAAGAAAAUCAAAGGGCGGCCUGGCUUCUACUUUGGUGAGCUGCCACUCUCCCUGGCCGCGUGCACCAACCAGCUGGGCAUCGUGAAGUUCCUGCUGCAGAACUCCUGGCAGCCGGCUGAUAUCAGCGCUCGGGAUUCCAUGGGCAACACAGUGCUGCACGCCCUCGUGGAGGUGGCCGACAACACGACUGACAACACCAAGUUCGUGACGAGCAUGUACAACGACAUUCUCAUCCUAGGGGCCAAGCUCCACCCGAAGCUGAAGCUGGAGGAACUCACCAACAAGAAGGGGCUGACGCCAUUGGCUCUGGCCGCCAGCAGUGGGAAGAUCGGGGUCUUGGCCUAUAUUCUCCAGAGGGAGAUCCAGGAGCCCGAAUGUAGGCACCUGUCAAGGAAGUUCACCGAGUGGGCUUAUGGGCCCGUGCACUCCUCGCUCUAUGACCUGUCCUGCAUCGACACCUGUGAGAAGAACUCGGUGCUGGAGGUGAUCGCCUACAGCAGCAGCGAGACCCCCAAUCGCCACGACAUGCUCUUGGUGGAACCGCUGAACCGACUGCUGCAGGACAAGUGGGACAGAUUUGUCAAGCGCAUCUUCUACUUCAACUUCUUCAUCUACUGCCUGUAUAUGAUCAUCUUCACCAUGGCCGCCUACAACAGGCCUGGGGAUGGAUUGCCUCCCUUUAAGGUGAACAAUACUGAAGACUAUUUCCGAGUCACUGGAGAGACUCUGUCUGUAUCAGGGGGAGUCUACUUUUUCUUCCGAGGGAUUCAGUAUUUCCUGCAGAGGCGGCCGUCAAUAAAGAGCUUGUUUGUGGACAGCUACAGUGAGAUACUUUUCUUUGUGCAGUCCAUAUUCAUGCUGGGGACUGUGGUGUUGUACUUCAGCCACCGCAAGGAGUAUGUGGCCUCCAUGGUGUUCUCCCUGGCCAUGGGCUGGACCAACAUGCUCUACUACACCCGUGGCUUCCAGCAGAUGGGCAUCUAUGCUGUCAUGAUCGAGAAGAUGAUCCUGCGAGACCUGUGCCGUUUCAUGUUUGUGUACGUCGUUUUCUUGUUCGGGUUUUCCACAGCGGUGGUGACACUGAUUGAGGAGGGGAAUAAAAAGCCCGCGGCAGCUGAGCCGACAUCGCACAGAUGGCGGGGGCCUUGCUGCCGGCCUCCUGACAACUACAACAGCCUGUACUCCACAUGUCUGGAGCUGUUCAAGUUCACCAUCGGCAUGGGUGACCUGGAGUUCACUGAGAACUAUGAAUUCAAGGCUGUGUUCAUCAUCCUGUUGCUGGCCUACGUGAUUCUCACCUACAUCCUGCUGCUCAACAUGCUCAUUGCCCUCAUGGGCGAGACUGUCAACAAGAUCGCACAGGAGAGCAAGAACAUCUGGAAGCUGCAGAGAGCCAUCACCAUUUUGGACACAGAGAAAAGCUUCCUUAAAUGUAUGAGGAAGGCCUUCCGCUCAGGCAAGCUGCUGCAGGUGGGGUAUACACCCGAUGGCAAGGAUGACUACAGGUGGUGUUUCAGGGUGGAUGAGGUGAACUGGACCACCUGGAACACCAAUGUGGGCAUCAUCAAUGAAGACCCAGGCUACUGUAAGGGUGUCAAGCGCACUCUGAGCUUCUCCCUGCGGCCAAACAAAGUUUCAGGUAGAAAUUGGAAGAAUUUUGGCCUGGUUCCCCUUUUAAGAGAUGCAAGCACUCGAGAAAGGCCUGCUCCCCAGCCUGAGGAUGUUCACCUGAAGCACUUUGCGGGGUCCCUUAAGCCAGAAGAUGCUGAGGUCUUCAGGGAUUCAGCUGCUUUCAGGGAGAAGUGAAGGGCCCCAUACAGGAUGCUGUCAAUGCUGGGCCUUAGGAUACCCCCUGCUGCGGAGAGUCUCUCUAGGGAACCCCAGGAGCCUGUCACCUGUCAGCAGCCUGGCCGGGUUUGCACCUGCCCCAGGCUGUGAGGGGGUGGAGCAAGGCUGGGGCCUUACAUUGCUUCUCCUUGGGAAUAGGAAGAGAUGUGCACCCAACCUCACUGUCCCUGAGUGACUCUCCCAACAGGAAAUGAUCUUGCUUUCCAGUUUCUACUGACUUUAUUAAAUAGUGUGAACGAUAAGCCUCUACUUUGACAUGUAUCAUGCCUUUAUUUUCUUUGGUUUUAUACUACUGGGAGUAAAAGUAAAUGAAACCCAGGAAAACACCUUUUAGAACAAAAUGCUUCCUUUGAUGUAAAAUGCUGAAGCCCCUCCUCUCUGUAUUGUGUUUAAUAUCCCAACUGCCAGAGCGGUCUGGGGGUGAUGUCAUCAUCUUUGCCCUGGAGGUGGUGAGGGAGGAAGGUGGUCCCAUUCCCAGUUCUGCCAGAAUCAGGUUUUCUUAGAGCGACUUCAUCCUUCUGUGUGAUACAUUAUAGUUCCAAAAAUACUAGCUCCAUUGCUGUUCAAAUAGAACUGCAGAAGCAUGUCCCAAAGCUACAUGGCAAGAAUUUUUCAAUGAACUUCCAUCUGUAACAACCACAGUUCUGUUCCCCAGCAGCAUCAACCCCCAUCCAUCCUGUCAUCCACCAAAUAAGUAUAUAUAUAUAUAUAUAUAUAUAUAUAUUAAGUGCGAAUUGUGUACCAGGCACUGGGCUGGCAUAGCUAUUGGCUUUGUGUGGUGUGUAUGUGUACAUGCAUACGUGUACAUCUGUGCAUGUGUGUGUGUGUAUGUACAACCCCAUGUGGACAGGAGCCUCUGGUCACUCUUUGGUUGUUACCCAUGAGUAAGGGCACUAUUUUAUGUAUCAACCUACUAUAGUCAUCAAACUAUGACCCAUGGACCAAAUCCAACCUUCCCUCUGUAUUUGUAAAUAAAGUUUUAAUGGAACACGGCUAUGCUUAUUUGUUUAUGUAUUGUCUGUGGCUGCUUUCACCCUACAUGGCAGAGUUGUGUAGCUUCAAC